CAGCAAUAGUAGGAGCCAAUUAUAAGUAGUAGGAGCCAUUAAAGAAACACUUCCAAAUCUGCAGCUUUUUAAACUCUUUAAAACACUCACUCAAACUCAAUGCCUACAAAGAAGAAAAAAGAUACAAAUGUUAGCAGAGAGAAUAAAGGGUUUUCUUCUGCAAGAAUCUUUCUUUCACUUUUGCUUUUCUUUGUUAUGCAUCAUCCAACAAUGGCUUCCGUUAUAGCUUCUUAAGACCCCAGAUAUAAUUUCCAAACAUCAAGUCUAGAAAGAGAGAGAAACAAAGAAAGAGAGAGAAGGGAGAUUGUGUCUGUUUGUGGAAUCAGUAAAAACUUCAGGAGAGCACAGAGUUUUGGCAGGGUCUCUCUGUUUCUUGAACCCGUGUCACUAAAUUGUAUUUGUCUGUGCAUUUGUAACUGUGACUCUUUUCAAAUGUCCUCUACUUCAACACGGUUUGAUUUAGGGGCUUGUUCCUUUUCUCUUUCUGAGGGCAUGAAUUUGUUGCUCUGAAGUACUCAUAUAACUGGAAGAAGAAGGAGAAGAUGGUAGAUCUUUAGACAUUGUUAAAAAAACUGAAGGCUAGCAACCAUUGGGGUUAGCUCGUUGGCAUGAACUCAUUUAAUGUACCCCUCCAAUGAACCAAAAAAGAAAAAAAAAACAAAGAACACAAAGCAAAAUGCUGAAGUCUGAGCUUAAUUGCAUCGUUGGAAGCUGAGGUCCAGUAGUCAAGAAUCUCCAUGCUUUCUGAAAGAUAACAGCCUACUUGUUUGACUGAUAAUACACAAUCAAAUCAAUCUUUCAAGUAAUUUAGUUCGUUAUGCAUCUUGCCAUUGUGCUAAUGGCGAAAGGUUUUAGCCAUUCAUCAUUUCUAGUUCUAGUCAUCAUAUCACUUUCAAUCAGUUACUCGGAGCAACUACAAUCAUCUCAAGUGCAGACCCUUUUGAGAAUUCAACACCUUCUGAAUUUUCCAUCUGUUCUAAGUAGUUGGAAUAACGAAACAGAUUUCUGCAACACCGAACCAAGUCCAUCGCUAACUGUUGUGUGCUAUGACGAAAGCAUAACACAGCUGCAUAUUAUUGGGAACAAGGGCGUUCCUCCAUUGCCUCGGAAUUUCUCCAUAGAUUCCUUUUUUACGACACUUGUUAGGAUUCCAAGCUUGAAAGUCCUCACAUUGGUUUCUCUCGGUCUAUGGGGGCCAUUGCCUGGUAAAAUUUCGAGGCUAUCAUCAUUGGAAAUACUCAACAUAAGUUCCAAUUUCUUAUACAGCAACAUUCCACAAGAAAUGUCAAUCUUGACUAACCUUCAAACGCUCAUACUCGAUGACAACAUGUUCAGUGGUCAACUUCCAGAUUGGCUGAGUUCACUUUCACUUUUGGCUGUUUUGAGUUUGAAGACCAAUUCAUUGAAUGGAUCUCUGCCAGAAUCAUUAGGAAGCUUGGAAACUCUGAGAGUUCUUGCACUUUCACAUAACAAUUUUUUCGGUGAAGUGCCUGAUCUUGGCAGUUUGACCAGCCUUCAAGUUCUCGACUUGGAAGAUAAUUCUCUCGGGCCUCAAUUUCCUCAUCUUGGUAACAAACUAGUUACCCUUAUACUAAGGAAGAACAAGUUCAGCUCUGGCAUCCCUGAUGAAGUGAGUACCUACUAUCAGCUUCAAAAGCUCGAUAUUUCUUUCAACAGAUUUGUUGGUCCAUUUCCACCAUCGUUGUUAUCACUACCAUCAAUUACUUAUCUGAGUAUCGCCGGAAACAGAUUCACUGGAAUGCUUUUUGACAAUCUGUCAUGCAAUUCUGAACUUGAAUUUGUGGAUUUGUCCUCGAAUCUCCUGAUUGGAAAGUUGCCCAAUUGUUUCGAGUCUAGUUCCAAGGACAGAGUUGUGCUCUAUGCUGGAAAUUGUUUGACUACAGGAGAUAAAACUCAACACGGAUUUUCAUUUUGUCGAAAUGAAGCUCUAGCUGUGGGAAUCUUACCUCAUCGCCGGAAGAGUGAACGAGCUUCCAAAGUAGUUCUUGGCUUGAGCAUCAGUGGAGGGAUUAUUGGAGGAAUCACACUAGUUGGUCUAGCUUUCGUAAUUGUUAGAAGGGUUCACUUGAAGAAGACAAAGGGAAAACCACAACCAAGAUUAAUAGCAGUGCAUGCAUCAACUGGGUACACCUCAAAGUUAUCGUCAGAAGCAAGGUAUGUAUCUCAAGCAAUGAAGAUAGGAGCACUUGGCGUUCCAAGUUAUAGAACAUUUUCAUUGGAAGAACUUGAGGCGGCAACAGAUAACUUUGAUACAUCAACUUUCUUGGCUGAAGGUUCACAUGGCCAGAUGUACAGAGGUCAACUGAAGGACGGUUCUGUUGUUGCUAUCAGAUGCCUGAAAAUGAAAAGAAGCCAUGGCACUCAAAACUAUAUGCAUCACAUAGAGUUUAUCUCAAAACUCAGACAUCGACAUUUGGUCAGCGCUCUUGGGCAUUGCUUUGAGUGUAACUUGGACGAUUCAAGUGUCAUCAGAUUAUUUCUCAUCUUUGAAUAUGUUCCAAACGGAACUCUGAGGAGUUGGAUAUCCGAGAGACGUGCCAGACGAACACUUACUUGGACACAACGCAUAGCAGCUGCUAUUGGGGUGGCAAAGGGCAUCGAAUUUCUACAUACUGGAAUUGUUCCUGGCGUGUUUUCAAAUAGUUUGAAAAUAACAGAUGUUUUAUUAGAUCAGAAUCUUGUUGCAAAAAUUAGCAGUUACAACCUACCAUUAUUAUCAGAGAAUAUGGAGAAGGUUGGUACUCAAAAUUCUUCGGGUAGAUCCAAAGAGCUUAAUACUGCGAGGGUAAAACACGAGGAAAAGUCUGAUGUUUAUGACUUCGGAGUAAUAUUGCUUGAAAUCAUUCUGGGAAGGCCGCUCAAUUCAAGGAUUGAAGUGGAUAUCGUGAGAGAUGAAUUACAGAGGAUCAUAGCAGCUGAUGAUGCAGCUCGAAGAGGCAUUGUUGAUCCAGCAAUCCAAAAUGCAUAUUCAGACGAAUCACUGAAGACGAUGAUGGAAAUCUGCAUCAGAUGUCUGCUCAAGGAUCCAGAAGUUAGGCCUUCUAUCGAGGACGUGCUGUGGAACCUGCAGUUUGCUGCACAAGUUCAAGAUGCGUGGCGAGGAGACUCCCAGAGCAGUGAAGGGUCUCCAGUCUCCUAUUUCCAAACCCCACGCCAACAGCUCACUAUUCAAUAGUAGCAAACAUUAAAAUUUCUCAAGUACUCAUUUUUGCUUUAUGAGAAACAAUUUCCUGGAUUGUUCAUGUAUAUGAUCACUGUUGUUUUUAUAUAUAUAUGCACAAGUGCAUGUCUCUGACAUCUUUUGAAAUCCUUGUUUUCUAUUUCAAGUCUAGGUGUAAGGAAGACUGGCAAAUGUUUAAAUGAAUUUUUUUGUUUUUUGGUGUGUG